AUGAAGUGUGUGACAUGUUUAUGUGUGUGUUUGUGUGUACCUGAGAAAGGGAUGGGACAUACUCAACACUGCAAUCAAUUGUCCUUCCUUUGAGCAGCCCUGCGUUUCAUUCCUGAUUGCUGGGAUCUGUUUCUUCAGGAGGACUGUUGAAAGUUAUCCAAAACCGAGGAGAACAGGAUUAACAGAGACACUAAAGAAGCAUUGGUCAAGAUGUUGGUCACCAUGCUAACAGCCAUGUAUAUGGUGGUCAGAGUCGUAGAAUCGAUCGGGGUGCGGUUCGCACGGCAACAAGAGCCUAUGCCCUACAUGCUGUCCCAGCCUUUGCCGUGGCAGGUUCACUCAGUGUCACAAAGUCGGAGGAGCAGCAAAGCAGAUGAGUUUGAUGGCCUCAGGAGGAACAGCAUAGGCGUCUAUAGAAAGAACUAUGUCUCCAUGGCAAUUGCCUCCGCCUCUCUGGCUGUCCCCUGUGUCCUGUCGUGCUCAGAAUCCAAUGCCAGCAAUGGGACGUGCACCAUGUCCGCUGCUCCCCCGCUCAGCCCUGUUGAAGUUGAGAAGGCCGCCGCCACUAUCCAGACCCAUUUCAGGAAGUUCCAACAGAAGAGGCACAAGAACAACAAGUAGAUGGACAAAGAGGGAUAGUGGUACCGGUGCUUUAAGCCUGAGGUAGGACAUAUGUUGAUCCAUCAAGCAAUGGAUGAACUCUUGGAUGGCAUACACAAAUGCAUAUAUGCACUCAUAUGCAAGUGUCCAUGCAUUCAAACUUCAUGAUUAACUCUUAGUAGAGCUCCUGGAUGAGUGAUACAGUAUAAACAAAGUAUACAGUAAUAGCUUACAUUCUCAACAGCUUCUUGUAAUAAUAUUUGAAAUGCUAUAUUAAUAAUAGAUUAACUAUGUGAUAAUACACUGUACAUCUGAAUGAAUGUUAGUUUUGGUGUGCUGUGAUGACAGAGUGAUUGUAAGAGUGUGUGAGUGACGGAGUAUGCUGCAUCUAUAACAGUUUUGACUAAAUGAAAAUGGAAAAAAAUAAUGUGUCAAUAUUGUGUAUCUUUCAAAAAAAACAUGUAAAAUUUCACCAACCUAUUUCAAUAAACUCCUCUGUAA